AUGGACACAGAGGAUGACCCCUUGUUACAGGAUGCCUGGCUAGAUGAGGAAGAUGACGAGGUAGCCUUCAGCUCCCAGAAGAAGCGAGAGGGUGGUCUGUUGUGUGGGAAAAGCCCAUGCAGAGUCAGGCCGCUGCGUGUCACAUUACCGGUGUCAGGCUUCUGGAAUAUUGUUGGCUGGGUAUUUACCAACCCGUACUGCGCUGGCUUCAUCCUUUUCCUGGGCUGUGCCAUCCCUGCCGUGCUCGCUGUUGUCAUGUUCCUCCACUACCCGGCCCUGGAUAUUGACAUCUCCUACAAUGCUUUUGAGAUCCGCAACCACGAGUCCUCUCAGCGCUUCGAUGCACUUGCCUUGGCCCUUAAGUCCCAGUUUGGGUCAUGGGGAAGGAACCGGCGCGACCUGGCUGACUUCACCUCUGAAACCCUGCAGAGGCUCAUCUUUGAGCAGCUCCAGCAGCUUCACCUCAACGUUUCCCAUCUCGGGGUCAGUGCGCGGGCCAAGCGCAGCACCCCAGAGGGCAGGACGAGCUCUCCCAAGCCCCGUGCCUUCCUGAACCCAGGAAACCGGACUUCCCGAAUUGGGAGGGAUGCCCCACGCUGGGACUACUCCAGUGCUUAUAUCAGUGCAAACACACAGACACAUGCCCACUGGCGCAUCGAGCUAAUUUUUCUGGCUCGGGGGGACUCUGAAAACAACAUCUUCACCACUGAGCGCCUGGUUACCAUCCAUGAGGUUGAACGCAAGAUCAUGGACCACCCUCGCUUCCGGGAGUUCUGCUGGAAGCCCCACGAGGUCUUGAAGGACCUGCCCUUGGGCUCCUACUCCUACUGCUCCCCUCCCAGCUCCCUCAUGACCUACUUCUUCCCCACUGAGAGAGGAGGGAAGAUUUACUAUGAUGGCAUGGGACAAGACCUUGCUGACAUCCAAGGGUCCCUGGAGCUGGCCAUGACCCACCCUGAAUUCUACUGGUAUGUGGAUGAGGGCUUGUCUGCCGAGAACAUGAAGAGCUCCCUGCUGCGGAGCGAAAUCCUCUUUGGCGCACCACUGCCCAACUACUACUCGGUGGAGGACCGCUGGGAGGAGCAGCGCCACAAGUUCCAGAACUUUGUCAUCACCUACGUGGCCAUGCUGGCCAAGCAGUCCACAAGCAAAGUCCAGGUGCUGUAUGGAGGGACGGAUUUGUUUGACUAUGAAGUGAGGAGGACAUUCAACAAUGACAUGCUGCUGGCCUUCAUCAGCAGUAGCUGCAUAGCUGUCCUGGUCUACAUCCUCACCUCCUGCUCAGUGUUCCUGUCGUUCUUUGGCAUUGCCAGCAUUGGGCUGAGCUGCCUGGUGGCUCUGUUCCUGUACCACGUUGUGUUUGGGAUCCAGUACCUGGGUAUACUCAAUGGUGUGGCUGCCUUUGUCAUUGUGGGGAUUGGGGUUGAUGAUGUCUUUGUUUUCAUCAACACCUACCGUCAAGCCACCCACCUCAAGGACCUUCGACUGCGCAUGAUCCACACUAUCCAGACAGCAGGGAAAGCCACCUUCUUCACUUCCCUGACCACAGCUGCAGCAUAUGCUGCCAACAUCUUCUCUCAGAUCCCAGCUGUGCAUGACUUUGGUCUCUUCAUGUCGCUGAUUGUGUCCUGCUGCUGGGUAGCUGUGCUCUUCACCAUGCCAGCCGCUCUUGGAAUAUGGACCCUUUAUGUGUCCCCACUAGAGAGCUCCUGCCAAACCAGCUGUAGUCAGAAGUGCACCAAGAAGAGUGCCUUGCACCGGGCUGAAGAUCUCUUCAUUGCCUCGGAGGCCACCUCCAGAGCAGGCAGGGAGACGCUGCCCUACCUGGAUGAUGACAUCCCACUGCUCAGUGUGGAGGAGGAGCCUGGCUCCCUGGAAAUGGGGGAUGUCCCCUUGCUGUCUGUGAUGCCAGAAAAUCUGCAGCUCCCUGCAGAGAAGAGCAACCGGGGUCACUUGAUAAUGCGUCUGCAGGAGCUGCUGGAACACUGGGUGCUGUGGGCUGCGGUGAAGAACAGAUGGGUGAUUGUGGGGCUCUUUCUCCUCGUUUUGCUCCUGUCCAUCUUCUUUGCUAGCCGCCUCCAUCCAGCCAGCCGUGCUCCACUCUUGUUCCGGCCAGACACUAACAUCCAGGUGCUGCUAGACCUGAAAUACAACCUGAGUGCUGAAGGCAUCUCCUGCAUCACCUGCUCAGGUUUGUUUCAGGAAAAGCCCCACAGUUUGCAGAACAACAUCCGAACCUCCUUGGAAAAAAAGAAGAGGGGCUCAGGGUCACCUUGGGGAAGCAAAGGGAGCAUAAGUGACACAGGGCAGCAAGAUCUCCAGGGGACUGUGUAUAUCUCCAAGUCCCGAAGUAAGGGAAGGCCAGCCAUCUACAGAUUCUCGCUCAAUGCCAGCGUCCCUGCCCCCUGGCAGAUGGUGUCACCGGGAGAUGGGGAGGUGCCUUCAUUCCAGGUGUAUAGAGUGCCUUUCGGUAACUUCACCAGGAAGCUGACAGCUUGUGUGUCCACAGUAGGGCUGCUUAAGCAGACGAGCCCCAGGAAGUGGAUGAUGACCACCUUGUCCUGUGACACCAAGAGAGGCUGGAAGUUCGACUUCAGUUUCUACGUGGCCGCCAAGGAGCAGCAGCGAACACGGAAACUGUAUUUUGCCCAGUCGCACAAGCCCCCUUACCAUGGCCGAGUGUGUGUAGCACCUCCUGGCUGUCUUCUCAGCUCUAGCCCGGAUGGACCCACCAAAGGCAUCCUUUACGUUCCCAGUGAGAAAGCAGCACCCAAAGCCAAGCUGUCAGCCACUUCUGGAUUUAAUCCGUGCAUGAACACGGGCUGCGGGAAGCCAGCGGUGCGGCCACUGGUAGACACAGGAGCCAUGGUGUUUGUCGUGUUUGGUAUCAGAGGUGUGAAUCGCACAAGACGCCUGGACAACCACGUCAUCGGAGACAUGGGCAGCGUUAUCUACGAUGACAGCUUUGACCUCUUCAAAGAGAUUGGCAACCUGUGCCACCUUUGCAAAGCCAUUGCCAGCAACAGCGAGCUGGUGAAGCCUGGAGGGGCUCAGUGCCUGCCCUCUGGAUACAGCAUCUCUGCCUUUCUGCAGAUGUUGCACCCUGAGUGCAAGAACAUCCCCGAGCCAAACCUGCUGCCUGGACAGCUCUCUCAUGGGGCAGUGGGGGUGAAGGAUGGGAAGGUGCAGUGGAUCUCCAUGGCAUUUGAAUCGACAACCUACAAAGGGAAAUCUUCCUUCCAGACUUAUGCUGACUACCUGAAAUGGGAGACCUUCCUGCAGCAGCAGCUCCAGCUCUUCCCAGAGGGCUCUGCUCUCCGGCACGGUUUCCAGACCUGUGAGCACUGGAAGCAGAUCUUCAUGGAGAUUAUAGGCAAGUGACUGCCCUGUUUCUCUCCCU